AGAAAAAAAAUCAUCAUCUUACCAAAAUCUCUCCCCUAAAAAGAAGCUUAUAAAAGAGACAAAGGUGAGUAAACCAGACCUGAGAAGAAUUCUAGCUUUCCAUAAGCACCUUAAAUUUGCAGACACCCUUUCUCAUACUCAAACAGAGAGAAACAAAACAUGGAAGCUCACCUUGUAAUAACAAGAGAUUUGCUUUGUUUUCUUGUUGUUGGGUUAUUGAUGAUAUGGGGUUGGAGCGUUUUGAAGUGGGCAUGGCUUACCCCAAAGAGGCUCGAACGGUGCUUGAGACAACAGGGUCUCAGAGGAACCCCUUACAGUUCUCUGUCUGGAGACUUCAAACAGUUGAUUGCUAUGAGAAGACAAACAAGGACCAACCCUAUGGCUCUUAGUGAUGAUAUUGAGCCUUAUGUUACUCCUUUUCUUCAUCAAGUUCUCCAGAAAUAUGGAAAGGAUUCGUUUAUGUGGAUUGGUCCAUGGCCAAGGGUGACAAUUAUGGACCCUGAGAAAGUAAAGGAAAUACUUACCAAAUUCACUGAUUUCCAGAAGGUGCAUACCAAUCCACUGGUGAAUUUGCUCGUGAGUGGCCUUGCAAAUCUCGAGGGAGACCAUUGGAGUAAGCACAGAAAGAUAAUUAACCCUGCCUUUCACCAAGAUAGGUUGAAGAACAUGUUGCCGGCGUUUAAUCAAAGUUGUAGUGAGAUGAUAAGCAAAUGGGAGAAGAUUGUGUCUACACAAGGUUGCAGUGAGAUAGAUGCGUGGCCUUAUCUCGUGACUAUGACAAGAGAUGUGAUCUCCCGAGCUGCAUUCAAAAGCAGCUUCGAAGAAGGCAGGCGAAUUUUCGAACUGAUGGAUGACCAAAUCAAUCUCAUAACCAAAGUCUUACAGUAUGCUUACAUUCCAGGGUGGAGGUUCUUGCCGACUAAGACAAACAGGGAGAUGAAGAUGAAAUACAACGACAUAAAAGAGUCGCUUAGGGAAAUGAUAAACAGAAGAGAGAAGGCAAUUAAAGCAGGUGAAGAGAGUAAUGAAGACUUGUUAGACAUACUUGUGGAAUCAAACAUCAGAGAAAUCGACGCACAUGCAGAUAAGAAGAGCAUGGGGAUGAGCAUCGAUGAUGUGAUCGAGGAGUGCAAACUGUUUUACUUCGCUGGCCAAGAGACCACCUCGGUUUUACUGGUUUGGACUAUGAUUUUGUUGGCAAGGUAUCCCGAUUGGCAGGCUAAAGCGAGGGAAGAGGUUUUGCAUGUGUUUGGUGAGAAUAAACCGGACGCUGAUGGCCUUAAUCGGCUCAAAGUUGUAACAAUGAUAUUGUAUGAGGUUCUAAGGCUAUACCCGGCAGUGCUUGUGCUAUCACGCUCCGUUACAAAAGACGUAAAACUUGGAAAACUGUUGUUACCAGCCGGAACCGAAGUUGCGAUCCCGAUACUGCAGAUCCACCACGACAAAGAGCUCUGGGGCGACGACGCAAAUGAAUUCAAACCCGAGAGGUUUGCAGAAGGGGUUGCGAAAGCAACAAAGAGUCAAGUGACGUUUCUCCCUUUCGGAUGGGGUCCUAGGAUCUGCAUUGGCCAAAACUUUGCUCUGAUGGAAGCGAAAAUGGCGCUGGCGAUGAUUCUCAAACGCUUCUGGUUCGAGCUUUCCCCUUCUUACGCUCACUCUCCUUACAGCUUGGGAACUCUUCGUCCACAGCAUGGAGCACGAAUAAUUUUACACAAGCUUGAGUCUGAUUGAACUGUUAUGUGAACAAAUCUUAGUAAUCAACUAGUCA